AUGACAAUCCAAACGGCUGAUCAAAAUGCAGAUUACAUUGCAUGGUAUUUAAAGGUUGGGGGCGAUUAUUCAUUGGAUUCAAAUUUGUUCACUAGAGAUGAUUCUUCGUCGGCUGCAACUAUGGCAUUUAAUGGUGGUCAUGAACAGGUCCAGCUACAACAACCUGGUGGCAGUGACAGUCAAACCCGAGAUUAUCACAACGAUCAAUAUUUGCAAGAAAACUAUGAUGGUAAAUCUACAGCAGCUAAGUUUGAACAAUUGACGCAUGAUAAAUUAGAAGAAGCUGGUAGCCGACUGGCAGCUGAAUUCGGUGAAAAUAUUAAAAUUAUACAUCCGACAAGUAACCAAGCAUAUAUAGAUCCCAAAACAGGUAAAACAAAAAAUAUGAGACCAGAUUUUGUUGUUGGAUUUGGUGGACAAGGAAAUGAAAAUAUUGUUGUUGAUGCUAAAUUAUAUGAAGUUGAUAGUGAACAACGAUUACCUAAAGCACAAUAUGAAAAACUAAUAACAGAUAUGAAUAAUUCCAAUGUAAGUAUAUGAAAAUAUUUUUAAUUUUUGUG